UAGCUCACCUUUCCCUCCACCAGAUGCCCAUCACACUCUCCCCCCCUUCUUCUGAGCUGAGCACAGCACCCCCCUCCUUGCUGCCUCUCCACCUCUGAAUUGUGGGCCCGAGGCGAUGGCGGCGCUCGCCCCGACCAAGAUGCUCGGCACCCGGCUCAACUUCGCCGGCUCCUCCCGCUACGCCACCGUGGCACCGACCGCUGGAGCGCAGAAGAUCGUCUCCCUCUUCGGCAAGAAGCCCGCCCCGAAGCCGAAGCCCGCCGCCGUCACCUCCUCGAGCCCAGACAUCGGUGAUGAACUCGCCAAGUGGUAUGGCCCUGACAGGAGGAUCUUCUUGCCGGAGGGUCUCCUGGACCGCUCGGAGGUGCCGGAGUACCUCAACGGAGAGGUCCCCGGAGACUAUGGCUACGACCCUUUUGGCCUGAGCAAGAAGCCAGAGGACUUCUCCAAGUACCAGGCCUAUGAGCUGAUCCAUGCCAGGUGGGCCAUGCUCGGCGCCGCCGGCUUCAUCAUCCCCGAGGCCUGCAACAAGUUCGGCGCCAACUGCGGCCCCGAGGCCGUCUGGUUCAAGACCGGCGCCCUCCUCCUGGACGGCAACACCCUCAACUACUUCGGCAACAGCAUCCCCAUCAACCUCAUCGUCGCCGUCGUCGCCGAGGUCGUCCUCGUCGGCGGCGCCGAGUACUACCGGAUCAUCAACGGCCUGGACCUGGAGGACAAGCUCCACCCCGGCGGCCCGUUCGACCCGCUGGGCCUGGCCAGCGACCCCGACCAGGCGGCGCUGCUCAAGGUGAAGGAGAUCAAGAACGGCCGGCUGGCCAUGUUCUCCAUGCUGGGCUUCUUCAUCCAGGCCUACGUCACCGGCGAUGGCCCCGUCGAGAACCUGUCCAAGCACCUCAGCGACCCCUUCGGCAACAACCUGCUUACCGUCAUCUCCGGCGCCGCCGAGAGGACGCCCAGCCUGUAAUCGCCGCGCCGGCGCCGGCGCCGCCGCCGUUGAUGCUUCGGUUAAUUUUACCCGGGAAGAAAGAAUGGGAGAUGGAAGAAUUGUGUUAAUGACAAUGUACGUGUAAAUUAUUAUCAUCGAUGGGGAGAUGAGUUCAAAAAAAAACAUGUUCAUUCUGAUCUUCUAAUAGGACAACUGCUUGGAUUUGUGCCUGAGACAUGUUGCUGCUUAAUUGAAUCCUCUCGAACUGGUUUUCGUCA